CGGAGGGCUGUAUCAUUAACACGUGGGCGCCGGAGAAUAAGGGAGCUGUUUGUUUCGACUGCACACACCUGUGCGUAUCAUAUCUUGGCAGAAGUUAGGACUUUAGUGGAAAUAGUUCUAUUUGAAACUUGUUGUGUUUUCACGAAGCGAAAGUUUACCCGGAGGCGUUUCAUAUUUGAGGCGUACUCCUGAAUGUCGAUCGUCUCGGAUUGUUUAGGAUCCUUUCAGAGCUGUUUGGAGCACGAUACAUACGAGAACAGUCGGCAGUAACGCUCAAAUUUGACUGCAUUAGUUUGUGCGUUUGCUUUUGAGUAGCUCGCUGUGUUGCAUAGAGAUAAACAGAAUUCACAGUAUGGAAACUCAAGACUACGACGUUAUUACGUCUUUUCUGGGAGACUGGGGUCCCUUCCAGAGGACUGUUUUCUUUCUGCUCAGCUGCAGUAUCAUCCCUAAUGGCUACGUGGGGCUGUCCAUGGUAUUUCUGGCGGAUACACCGUUGCAUUACUGCCGGGUGCCCACAGGGAAUGGCAGCGGUUUAGCUCUCAAUCAGUCGCUUAUCCCUUCUGUAGCGUUUGAUGGGACACUAACGCUCAGUAGAUGCACCCGUUUCAAGUGGAAAAGAGAUGGUCAGGUGAACGAAACAGAGGAAUGUCUGCAGGGCUGGGAAUACAGCAAAGAAAGGUACAUCUCCACAAUUGUGACUGAGUGGGACUUGGUUUGCAAAGAAGACUGGAAAGUGCCAUUCACUACGUCUGUCUUUUUUUUUGGAGUCUUAACAGGAUCAUUUUUUUCUGGGCAAUUUUCAGACAGGUAUGGCAGGAAGAAGAUAUUAUUUGUUACAAUGGCUCUACAGACGAUUUUCAGUCUUCUUCAGGUAAUAUCGGUUACCUGGGAGAUGUUUUGUGUUCUUUUCUUCUUUGUUGGACUUGGACAAAUUUCCAACUAUGUGUCAGCUUUUGUUUUAGGUAACGAAAUAUUUUCCAAAUCCACACGAAUUGCAUAUUCGACUUUAGGAGUUUGUGUGUUUUAUUCUUUGGGUUAUGUUGUUCUUCCACUGUUUGCAUAUUUCAUCCGUGACUGGAGGAUGCUGCUUUUAGCCAUAUCCUUACCAGGAAUACUUUAUAUACCUCUCUGGUGGUUUAUACCUGAAUCUCCAAGGUGGCUUUUAUCCCAAGGAAGAAUGCAUGAAGCAGAGGCAAUUCUCCGUGCAGCUGCCAUAAAAAAUGGAGUUACACCACCAGAAGUUAUAUUUAACCAAGAGGAAUCUUUGGAGUUAAUGAACAGAAACAUAAAGAAAAAAAAACACUUGUACACCUACUUUGAUCUCAUUAGAACAACCAACAUAAGGAAUCUGACUAUCCUCAACUGUCUUAUCUGGAUGAUGAUAACCAUUGGCUACUUUGGCAUUUCAUUGAACACAUCAAACAUGAGCGGUGAUCCAUACAUCAACUGCUUCAUUUCAGCUGUUACAGAAGUUGUGGCUUACAUAGCUGCCUGGGUGAUUUUGAGAUAUGUUCCCCGUCGUAUUGCCUUAUCACUCCCUCUGCUACUUUCAGGAAGCAUGCUAUUGCUCAUGCAGUUUAUUCCCGAUGAGUAUCAGAUACUGAGUAUCAUCCUGGCCAUGACUGGAAAGUUUGGAGUCACUGUGGCCUUCUCUGUUGUGUAUGUUUAUUCAGCAGAGCUCUUUCCAACAGUGGUACGCAACAUGGGAAUAGGAGCCGCCUCCAUGUCAUCUAGGAUCGGGGGCAUCAUUUCACCGUAUUUUGCCUAUAUUGGGACAUACAACAAAAUCUUGCCAUAUAUACUCAUGGGAGGUAUAACUAUGGCAAUAGGCAUUUUCAGUCUGUUGCUACCAGAAACACAAGGUGUGACACUUCCUGAGAAGAUGGAAGAUGUGCAACAACUUCACUGUAUCCUUCGGACUCUGAAAGAAAACCUCCAAGUUCUGGAAAAGAAGCACACAAACAAAACACUGCAGAUCCAACAGAGCAAUGACCCUGGGUUGAUGUCAGUGGCACUGCAGUUAAUAGCAUGACAAAGUAAGUAGAAUCCACUAAUUUUGAAAAAUGUAUUGUAUGUAAUGGCCACCCUUUAGCUUCAUAUGCAGUGACAGUAUAUCUAAAAUAUAAAUACACAUCAGAUUACAUUGGUGAAUGUUUAACACUUUUCAUACUACAGUUUCUAUACUGUUUUUAUGAAAACAGAAAUGCAAGUUAAGCAUUUUGAAAAAGUAUCUUGCGUCUUUUCCUCUAAGCCAACAAUACAAGAAACAUUCUGAAAUGUUUAGGUUACCACUUAUGGGUAUGAAAUUAAGUAAGAUAUAUGAAGAAUUAAGAGUGAAACCAAGGCUGAUAAAUACUCAAACAAGUUUAUCACAUACUCUAGGCUAAAAAACUUAAUUAUGAGUGGUUUUUGAAAUAAAACAGGACCGUCUUUUUUGGCUUUAAACUCUUAACCUCAUUUGAAUGGAUACAGAAACCCAUAACUUUACUGUAGAAAAAAAACAUGUAUGCCUUAUUCCUGCCAUGAUGAUGAAUAUGGACACAGAGGAUAAAGACAUUGUGUUCUGUGUCUGUGUAGCUCAAAGAUUGGUGUAAAUCAUUUGCACAGCUGAUGACCCCACAGAUGGCCUGGCACAAUUUAAUCACAAUUUUUACCAACAGCUAUUACAGAGGGUCCUAAAGUUGGAGCUUUUUAUACUGCAGAACUGUUAUUUGAACAUAAGCAUACAGAGCUGCCAGAGAUGUAAUCAUUCCACCAUGUCUUAUGCAGAUAUUGUUUUUAUGAAAUGCACUUACCUGAAAGUAACAUGAAAAUUCUAAAGUUGUUUUGUUAAAAUGUAUUUUGUACAAGUUUUAAAAAAUCUUUUUCAUUGUUAAAAAUUUGCUGAAAAGAGAGUAAAAGAAGUAGCUUGAGGUUUUUGUAUCAGAGGUUUUGUAUCAGUUUCAAAAAAAGAUUUCAGAUGCCUAAAUGGACAUCAAAGUCUAGGAUUAGUUCCACCCCUAUGGUCACGUGUACCAGGGAAGGCUUUAGCUCUGAUUUAGGUGGAUCUCAUAAUUUUAUGUUUUGUGAAAUAUAUGUCUACAAUAAUACCUUCUUUGGUUACUGUUUUAGAACAAUUCUGUGGCUAAGCAAUAAUAUUUGUUAGUACUGUUUUAUUACACUGAUUAUUUGUGACUAAAAUACCCUCUUGAGGGCAGUUGCAGAAAUAAUUUUGGAUUCUUUUUUUCCUCCUAGCAAAUGUGAUAAGGAAGAUCUCCUUUGCUUUUUUGCAUUUUUCCUAAGUUUGAUACUAUCUGUAGCUUGCUGAAUUUUAGGUUUUAUGAACAGACAUUCUUGUGGCUUUUUCAAUUACUGCUUUUAUUGCACUUGUGUGGGAUCAGGUAGGCUUGUUAAAGAUUGUGAAUACAGUGUAACCUUUAUUUCGUCUGUAUUUUUUGUAAUUGUAUGUUCUUCUGUUAACUUAAAUUGCAACUGUAGUA